CUGUUAAAUAGCCCGAGUAAAUCAAGGACGCAGGAUCUGCAAAUAGACACCGGGAUUAUCAGUUGGGACGACAAUUCGAAAAAAACUGACAACGUCGAAGAUUGGUCUCAACCUAUGACGCGCCAAACUGAGGAUGAAUUAGUGUUGAAUUGGGAUGACGACGAUGAACGCGACGAGGAUAACGACAGCAGCCCGCCUUUAAGCAUGAAAUUAGACAGGAAGGAAUUAGCUGCCGAUGAUUUGAAAGAAACACAGCCGGAGAAAAAUGGACAAUUGGACAUUAUGGCACAACAAUUGAAAUUCGUGGCAUGUUUAAAAAUUCUAAUGGAAGAGUUAUCGACUUUGGCAACGGGUUUCGAAGUAGACGGAGGUCAACUUCGAUACCAGCUGUAUGUAUGGCUCGAGCGGGAAGUAGACGCUCUUAGACAGCUUUGCAACUAUAGCGUUAGCUCGGAUGGAGAUGCAAACAACGCGUCGGAAUACGAAGGUGGUAUGGUAGACGAUGUGCAACCAUGUAAAUCUGGCGAACAACCAACGUUACACGAAAUACUGAUGGCCGAGAAAUUAGAUUUCGAAGCUAAGGUUCAACGAGCUGCUAGAAGGAAAAAGUGGUUGAAAGCGAACGAGACGUUAUUGCGAACGUUGCUAUCCUACUGUUCUCUGCACGGAGCAUCCGGUGGUGGUUUGGCAUCCGUGAGGAUGGAACUUGUCCUCUUGUUGCAAGAACUGCAACAGGAGAAGACGCAGCAGCAGUUGCUCAGCCCUCUUCCAUUUCCAACCACGCUUCCACUUUUAAGCGCGAGUGUAGCGUGCAACAAAACUGUCGUUGCAGAUCCGGUUAGACACUUGCAGUCUCUUGCUCACGAUAUGUUGCAGACAUUGGUGGAGUUACGUAACCCACCAAUGCCCGCGAGAAACACGCAUUAUUGCGAGGUAUUCAUAAUGAGAGAUUUGGCGGUGGCUUUGAGCGCUUGUAUUUAUCAAUCACUUUGCGAUUCCGAUACUUUUGUUACGAAACAUCAACAGCCAGACAGUUUUCCAGCAUUUGCAGAAAUAGAAACAUUCUCCGGUGGACACUUGGUAGCGUCGAAUCGCCAUCAUCGAAGGUAUUCGACGGACGAUGGUGUUUGCAUUACUACGUCACCUUCUAAAUGGCCCGGUGUGACUAACUUGCGUGCAUUGUUGGCUCGAGAGAAAGACGAAGACAUACCAAAAUUGAAUAUACUGCUUUGCGAAGCUUUCGUGGCGACGUACAUGAGUUUGUUCGUUUAUGCGCUGUGGAGUUGCGACAGUCACAUUCUUUACAGGCUCGUAGGUCAACACUUUGACAACAACACCUGGUCCUGUUUGUUUGGCGGUGGAGUGAAAAAACUGCUACGUGUCGCAAGUACAAGUAGCCAGGCGAGUGGAGCAGGAAGAACGGUAGAGAGAGGUGAUAGUGCUUCGAACGAAAUACAGAGUACUGCAGGGACCGUGUGGAACACCAUGACCUCGCUAACCAAGCAACGAGUAAAAUUGAACAUGAAAUUGUUGGGCCAAUUCACGGGUCAACAACCAAAUAUGAAAGAAGACAAACCUACGUACAGAGAGCAAUUUGUUUCACCUCAAAUGAGCAUGAUAUCGUACUUUUUAAUGAAGGCAAAUAGCGAGUACGCGGAUGAAAUUGAUUACGAUUCGUCCGAUUCCGCGGUAUCGGAUCUAGACACGUCCGAGGACGAGGAAGACGUGUUUGACACUAACUCGAAGCCAAAGAGCAAACCAAAGGACAAUACGGAACACACGAAUCCAAAUUCAUACAGCUGGUGUGUCAUGCGAUUAGCCAUAGUUAAGAUACUGCAGCAACAACUCCAAGAGUUUUUAAACGUUGCUGGAAUAGAGAUGCAAGAAUUACCUGUAAACAGUCCUUUGAUUCACGGUACGUUAGCCGUUGUGGCACAGUGGCAAGAAACGUUGCGCGAAGAGUUGGACAACAGAGGACCACCGCCGAUCAAUUACAUUCCUGGUUGUGCACCGGAUCCGACGCCUACACCGGGGAAGCCAGCAAUUCACAAGUACCGGUCUUUACUUGAGAAAAGCAAUACUCCUUUCAAUACACGUUUGGCAUCAGCGGCUCCUGCUAACCGAUUGUGGUGUUACUUGGUCCGACAAGAGUUGGUACAAGAGAUAUUUAUCCGAGCCGUAUUCGGCAAACGUAGAUCUUUAUCGUCAAUUUUGGAGAGCAACCAAGCUACGAUUGAUAAUUUGAAUCGCGGAACGACCGCAGAUGACAAAGGUAGCGACAGCGGGACUACUAGUUUGCCAGAACCUGUUCGUAUCAUUCACAAGGAACAAGAUAGCAUCAGUGCCUUUUGCCUUAAUCAGGUGAAUCCAGGUUUAAUGGCGUUGGCAACUCCCCGAGAAGUGCAAGAAAUGAAUAUAUCGCUGUUGCUCGAACUGCCGUCUUGGCUGGAAGACGAGUGUGAAUUUGACAUUAUAAAUUUAAACAAACAACCAGAACCGGAACCAGUGCAACCAACUAGUUUCUUAGUCAUUCAAACAGCAGCAGACAGGCCGUUGCUUGCUCAAAGUCCACAAGCGAAUAAUCCUCCGCCUCAAUCGGGUAUUGCGAGUCAAAGUGGAAGAGGAGCUAGCGUGACUUGACUGGCUGUCAAGAUGGCUCGGUGUCGCUUUGGGAAUGGGGACAUCAAACAGCGGUAGCGACUCCUCGACCACCAGGUACUUUUGCCAAAGUGACCCGUGUACGUUUCUCACAGCAUGGGAAUAAGUUUGGCGUUGCGGACUCUGACGGGCAUCUGAGUUUGUUUCAAGUAGCCUGCAGAGAAGGAACUGCGCGACCAUUCUUUAAUUAUCAGUGCCAUAGCAAGGUGACGGCCGAUUUCGUCUUCCUCGGGGCGUGCAGCUUAAUAGCAACCGCUGGCCAUGGUUCCGAAGGGCGUAAUGUCGCGCUUUGGGAUACUCUACUUCCACAAAAUAAAUCUCUCAUCCAAGGUUUCACCUGUCACGAACAAGGAGCUAGCUCGUUGAUACUUGCACCCCAACAUCAGCUAUUGAUCAGCGGUGGUAAGAAAGGCGACAUUAAUAUAUUUGACGUUCGACAACGACAGCAACGGCAUCGCUUUCAAGCUCACGAGUCGGCUAUCAAAUGCUUAGCUCUCGAUCCGCAUGAAGAAUUUUUCGUUAGUGGAGCAGGAGAUGGUGAUAUCAAGGGUGUAACGCAAUUACACGUCGAUUCUGCCGGCCGUUUAUUUUCAUGCGGUGCAGAUGGAUCUAUGAAAGUUCGUCAACUACCAGAACGCGAUUGCGUCGUACAUACUUUAUAU